UCCAGUUCAAAUUUUCUUUGGGUUGUUGCCCAAGCUCUGAGAGCGAGACCCCCAGUCUCCGUAGUGGAUGUCCGUUUAGACGUCUAAUCCCUCUGUACGAUGCUGAACGUUGCAAAGAGACUUCAGAGCACAACAAUUCAUGGUCGCUGCUUCAUGAUGUCUGCGGAUCACAAAUCGUACCAGGAGGCGGUGUUGGCACUCAACUCUCUUCAGAGCAACGCAGCAGAUAUCGAGAAGGCACGGCAGCAUCCGGUUACCGACAAGAGAGCCGCGCUUGCAGACUUUGAACGUUACAUGAACCGCACGGGCCUGACCGUUAGUGAUCUUAAACGUUUGUCAAUCAUCCACGUUUCAGGGACUAAGGGAAAGGGCUCAACGUGUGCAAUGGUGGAGAGCAUUCUUUGCAAGCAUGGAGUGAAAACCGGUUUCUUCAGCUCUCCUCAUCUGGUCGAGGUACGAGAGCGCAUCCGUCUCAAUGGACAGCCACUAAGCUAUAGGCAGUUCAGCGACUACUUCUGGCUGUGUUACAACCGACUGCAGGAGUCAAAGAGUGAAAUGGACAGCUCGAUUCCGCCGUACUUUCGCUUUCUGAACCUAAUGUCGUUUCACGUCUUUCUACAAGAAAAGGUGGACGUAGCCAUCAUGGAAGUUGGUAUUGGCGGCCGGUUCGACACAACGAACGUUGUACCGCCCCCAGUUGUGUGCGGUAUCUCCUCGCUUGGUUACGACCAUGUUGCUUUGCUGGGCAAGACGCUAAAAGAGAUUGCAUGGCACAAGGCGGGUAUCAUGAAGACUGGGACGGUGGCCUUCACUUCACCACAGGCUGAUGAAGGCAUGGCUAGUCUAGUGACUGAGGCCAAGGCAGUGGAAGUGCCGCUACACGUGUGUCCACCCAUGGCUGACUACCCUCCACCGCUACCAGAUGUGGGCCUUGCAGGUGAACACCAGCAGAACAACGCGUCUCUGGCACUUCAGCUUUGCAAAACCUGGCUGCAGAGAACGGGACGUGAAGCACUCUUAGAACCGGAUGGUGCAUCGUCUUCGCCUGAAGGCCGCGUCCAGACCGCCAGCGUAGGGCAACCAACGGAGUCGGUGUCGAUCGAUGUCUCCGGGGAUGCCAGCUACGCAGCGGAGCGCCUCACAGUACCGGUGGCGCAGUCCUUUGCCAUCACUCCCAGCAUGCGGCAAGGUCUUGCUAGUGUUCGCUGGCCAGGAAGAUGUGAUGUUGUCAAGCUGCCAAAGGUUACAAUCUAUCUUGAUGGAGCACAUACGGUUCGCAGUGCACUGGCGUGUUCGCAGUGGUUCAAGAGAGCAGCUGCCGAGGAGAUGACGGAAAAGGGCGGCUCCGUGUGUCGGGUAAUGUUAUUCAACGCUACCGGAGGCCGUGAUCCCAAAUCUCUGCUCGCACCGCUCAGGGAUGCGGGCAUUCAGGCGGCGGCGUUCUGUCCCAACCUUACUGUCACCGGGCCGAGCACACCAAUAGACAUGACAAAUCGAAUGGUGACAUCGGACGGCGUGAUGGCAUUGUGCCGUAAGAACCAGUCCGCAUGGAAUACCUUGCAUGAGCAGGCGACGCCUGCACCGCCGGAGGACAGCACCGACCCUGGAUGUCGGCCCGUGACCGCCGUUCUGCCGUGCGUGCAGGAUGCGCUGUUCUGGCUGUGCCGGCACCAGAACGACGCGUUCCAGUUGACGGGGCCGCAGCCGGACACUCGGCUGCCCGCAGCGCUGCAGUCGGCGGAUCACGUACAGGUCCUGGUCGUGGGCAGCCUGCAUCUGGUCGGUACUGCGCUAGCCGUUCUGCGUGACUGCUGUAAUAUUGACCCCAGCGAACGUUGAUGUCAUCGUGUGACUGUCUAUGCUGAUAGUGUCAUCCAUUUUCGUUGGUUGAUAUCAGGAGCUCUCUGCUCUUAGAGUGUCAAAUUCUUUCCAUCAAUUUUCUGCUGGCCUGGUCUUGUGGAUAUUGCUCUGCUUUAAUAAAUAAAUCAUUUGCCCAUCUUUUUUUAUCUAAUUAUCCCUUAUACGAGAAAAAUUUGAUUGAUACUAGAAGUUCCCGGCUUGGAAAGAAGAGUUCUAUUAUUUUAUGAGUUGACCUUUUUUCCGUCUUUGCUCCUUGUGUCUUCCUGAAGGGAAAUAACCUGCACUUUGUGCUUUCCCAACUGCGUCCUGGCUGGCCAGGCACCCGUUUAGCUUGCUGUCCUGUGGAUAGUUCUUUGUGCUUUUUUGUGUUCGACUUUUGGGAGUCAUGGCAUCAUGUAACAAUUAAUAUUUGAAGGCUAAAAUCCUUGUUUGCUCUGGCAGCAUCCCUGUCCUCUUCCAUCCACAUGUCUUACCUUGAUUUGUCUUCCUUUGACGUUUCCAUCCUAUUAGACUUGACAGGUAGAUACGAAAUUA